AUCACAAAAUACCAAAGAUACAUAUACACAUGUAAACGAGACAGGACAACAAAACUUAAAACUUCAAAACUUUCAAAAUGACAUUUUUCAAUGCGUUGGAUAUAUUGGAGAGUAGUGGGAAAAAUGACAUGGCUUAUGUGACGGACUUUGCAGCACACAAGAUUGUCUACCUGCUGACUGUCUAUCUACCUCUGCUAAUGGGAAGCUUCCUCUACUCGCAGGAGUAUCUAGGCAGCAAGAUUGCCUGUUUCCCAACACCUGGGAUGUCCAAGGAUACACUAGAGGCUGUAAAUGUACACUGCUGGGUUAAGGGUUACUACACAAGCCUGGACCUGAACAAUACAACAAUGACAUCACAAUUACAGCAAGUUCUCAGCCAACCACAGCGCUUCUUUGCAAUCUAUCUUGGCAUGCAGGCUGUUCUAUGCACACUCCCCCUGCUGUUCUGGAAUGCUACAAUGAAAUCUUCCCUGUUGGGCAUAGUGGAAUCAACUGACCAUUUUCUGCGAGACCUCACAAAACUCUUAACUGAUGAGUCCCAAAAGCUUGCAGCAAUAAAGGACAAGUGUUCCGACAGAAUCAAAAUGUAUUAUGAGGUCGCAAUGGACUUUGCAAAGAACUCAAGUAUAACUUCACGAUUUUUCAUACGAAUGUUGCUUGAAUUCAUCAUAUUUGGUGCUUUGAUUCUCCUACAGUUUUACAUCUAUGAUUACAAGCCCGGCAAAAAUUACUAUUGUAUUAUGCCAGAUGGUCAAGUUUCUGAUGCACAUUGCACAGUUGCAAUGUUGGAUCUCCUCGAUAAAAUCUGGUAUGCAAAUAUUGGAGCAUUGGGUCUUGCAGGGUUAAUUGAUUGUCUUUACUUAAUAGGGGCAGCUAUCAAUAUGUGCAGUGAUUCAGCACGGGAAUUUUUCAGUGAGUUACCGUUUGAGCCCUCUCUUCCCCAGCUCACACGGUGGAACACGUGCACCCAAAUGUUCUCAUUUAAGAUGUUAGUGUUGCUAUUUCGCGAAAAUAAUGCAGUUAUGAGUCAGUUGUAUGUCCUGAAAUCGGCUGUGGUUGGAGACAAUGAAGCAGGAGUUCCACCAGUAAAUAAUGGGGAUCAGAGAGAGGCUACUGGGACAUUUAAUCGCUUCAGUGACCCAGCUAAACAUGUGACUCUUGAAACUGACACAUGGCAGAGGAGGAGCCAGGUGAUGCAACAGCAGCAGUAAAACAGCAUCUUAUUUUACAUAAUACAGUGUCUUUAUCAUAAUUCAUUUUGAAUCAAAAGCUUUUGAAAGUACUGUGAUAUUGGUAUUUUAUAUUUGACAAAUUAAAUAAUAAAUUAAUCAUUCUGAUUCAAAUGUGUAUAACUUGUACUAGAUAGUAUAAUAAAAUGCAUGACUUCAAAAUGUUCAUAGGUUUCCUAUGCUGCCCUUUGUGCUUUGACUUUUGCUUAAAGUCCGAUCUAUAGAUCAUAUAUUCUUCACUGAACCUGUAAAGUGGAUCACCUCCAUUUAGUGAAACGUUUAAAGUUACAUGCAAUAAACCUUCCUCUGUAAAUAGAACACCUCCAAAGUUGAACACUAUAAAGCUCCCAAAGGUAUUCAAUUUAGAGAGGUUUAACAGGGAAAGCUCAGAACAAAUCAAUAAUAGGUCUGGAUAAGUGAUUUCAAUGUCCUCAUGGAUGUGUUGUUUUUCCAAAUUGAAUCCAUGCCACAUUUUCAAGUUCAAGUAAAUUAGUUCAAGAAUAUUAUAUAUAGC